AUGACCGUGGCACUGCGAUCUCCUCAAGUUGUGGGAGGUUUGAUAGCGGUCGAUAACGCACCCGUCGAUGCCAUUCUGAAGAGUGACUUCCAUAAGUACGUUCAAGGUAUGCGGGACAUUGAACAGGCCCAGGUCAGUAGACAAGCCGAAGCAAAUGACAUUCUCAAGAAGUAUGAGGAGGCCUUGCCCAUUCGGCAGUUUCUCCUCACCAAUCUUGUAAGGUCUUCGGACGGAGAACUUUUACGAUUUCGUAUCCCUAUCAAGAUCCUCGCUUCGAGUCUCGACAAGAUGGGUGACUUUUCUUUCAAUAACCCUGAUGAGGUCCGCUAUGACGGCCCAACACUAAUCGUCCGCGGUACAAAAAGUCACUAUGUAGCAGAUGAUGUGCUGCCUUUGAUCGGACGAUUCUUUCCAAUGUUCAAGUUGGUUGACAUUGACAGCGGUCAUUGGGUUAUUUCUGAGAAGCCAGAGGCAUUCAGGAAAGCUGUGGUGGAGUUUUUAGAGGAUGCAGAGGGAUGA